UUUUUGUUUGAUAUUUAAGCAUGCAGUAAGUCAUUUAUAAUAUUCGUGCACUUUGCUUCAUGCAUGCAUUUCAUGCUCGGAUGCCGAAAAAACGAGUGAAUUAUUUUGGUGCUUAGAUUUUUUUAAACAAUCAAACGCAAGAUGUCCAGCGUGUGCUCUUUGGCUGGCAUGUUGGCCAACAAAUGUUUGCUCAAGGGACCCUAUUUACCGCGAGUUUUGCUGCAAUACACCACUGUUCGGUUCCGAAGGAAACCCCGUUGGCUUGGAACGGCAAAAAGCAAACUGUUCCGGGUGCCAGAGCGCCGUCAGCAGCUGGAGGAUGAAGUCAACGAACUGAAGCGGCUACACAACAACUAUCACACUCAGAUGAAAGCCGUCCGUCGUUUCCUGCGGGAUGAGGUGGAAGCAUUUAAGCUGGUGUCCCGAGCCGGUAUGGUUAUUCAGACUCCGGAAGAAGAGGCGGCAGAAUGGAACGAAGUUCAACGGAUAAACGAAGAUUGGAACCGUAAAAUAGCCGCAAUACGGGACAAACGUCUCGAAGAGGAGCGGCAACAACGGAACAACUACAUCCUGGAGCGUUUGGCAGCCAAAGAGCAACGUGACCAGGACCGGCUGGAACGGAUCGAGGCUCGGGUUCGUAGCGAAAAGGAGCAAGCUAAGAGUUUUAUCACCAGAGACAAUAUCGAUCAAGCUAUUGAACUCGCCCUGGUUCAGCCUGUAAGUUAUAAUUUUUCGUUAGAUGUGGGUGGUAACAUUCAGCGGAACGCAAAGACCGAGAACGUAAAGGUGGAAUCCUAAUUUGCCUAUUUCCGUUGGAAAAGUAUAGAACAAGACCGUAGAUCCGUUGUUGAAA